CGGGGUGCAAGAUAGAAUUUUCUAAAAAUACCGACGAGAGUGGGCUGCCGUCUUUUCCCCUUCUGCAGUAAGUUUCCACCAUUGCCAAGUUCCUCCGACCAGUUCGAACUCCGGAGCUCCUCUUAAGUCAGAGCGAUCCUAAGGUAGUCCAGUCCCGCUGGAAGUCUCAAUGGCGUCUGCAUAUCCGCAGCCCCUGCAGGCGCGCGCAAUCGGCGAACAGGUCGGAGAAGUGGACGGGGAGUGCGAUGACGACGACGAUACCAUGGAAGAUAUGGAGGAAGCCAGCCAUAGCAACGUGAAUUCGGGUAACAGUUGUGGUAUGAACUGUGGAAAUGGUUAUGGAGGAGUCGCCUUAGCUCCGAGGACGAAUGAGCUCACUAUUUCUUUCGACGGAGAGGUCUAUGUGUUUCCUGCUGUUACUCCUGAGAAGGUGGUGCUUCUUAAUUCCGAGAUGACGCAAUACGUGCAAGCACUGCUGCUGCUUCUGGGGGGAAGUGAUGCACCGAGCAUUGUGCCCGCAGUGGAAGUACCCUAUGAGCAUAACGGGGGCUUAGGUGAAAAUUCAAAAAACUCGAACCGCUUGAGGAGGAUUGCUUCUUUGGUAAGGUUUCGGGAAAAGCGCAAGGAGAGAUGCUUUGACAAAAAGAUUCGAUACACAGCACGAAAAGAAGUUGCGCAGAGGAUGCACAGGAAGAAUGGACAAUUUGCAUCAGUAAAUGAAAGUCAUAAUGCUUCAACAUGGGAUGCCACUCAAAGUUGUUCUCAAGAAAGAACUCCUAUUCCUGAGACUUUUCUUCGGAGAUGUCAACAUUGUGGCAUUAGUGAAAGUGCUACUCCUGCAAUGCGCCGUGGACCAGCUGGUCCAAGGACCUUAUGCAAUGCAUGUGGGCUUAUGUGGGCAAAUAAGGUUCACUUAGUUCUGCAUAUUUCCAUAGGUACAUUGCGAGAUCUCAGCAAAGGAGGGAAGAAUCUUUCUGUGGACCAAAUUGAACCAGAAACACCAGUUGAUGUCAAGCAUGCUGCGCAAAAUGGAGGACACUUCUGUGAAUAUCUGGAUGAUCAUGGAGUUUCUGGAGGUUCUUCCACAGACGAUCAAAAGCUGAAUGACCAAUCUGUGCUACCUGAUAACAGAGACUUUACUGAAUCUGAUGAUAUAAUUGCCCAGACUUUGCCCAUGAUUGCUAAUUCUUCGGCCGAUGAAGAUGAGCAGGGAGUGGGACGUCUUAUUGAGUUUGCCAAUCCACUUGCUACAGAUAUUGGCAUCCCUCUUGACUUCAAUUAGAAGUUCAACACGACAUACGUACAGGCUAGAGAGGCUGAUUGUUCGUGACAGGUUAGGUAGGAAGCAACAGUUUAUGUAGGCGUGACAUGGAAGUAAAUAUAUAGACAACGGGCCCUAGCGGGUAGGUUGCAGAGACUACUUUAGUUGGAACAGGGGAAUGGCUGAUUUUACUCUGUUCAGAAGAUUGCUGCUCGUUCAAUGUUGAGAUAAGUUUACUGGAUGGGCAUCUAUUAAUAAGAGGUGACCCAUGUUUAUUGUGCUUAUCAACAUCUUGUAGUACAAAACUCUCAAGUUAAUCUCAUGUUCAAUUGUUUUCUGCUGUAAAUCUGAAAGGAGGAUCGGAUGAUGCUUAGCGUGCAUGUUUUGGUUUUGAUUA